UUAAGUGUAACGCAAAAGGAGUUUGAGACAAGGGACAAUAUUUUGCACGGAAUACCAAGAACGCAAGCACGUAUUCGAUGCGUAUUGUGUGUGUACCAUAAAAGAAACGAACAGAGAGAAAAAUGAGUACUUUGGCAGUGUGUCAAUGUUGAUACUUUAUCGAGAAAGAGAGAAAGUGGCAUUUGACAUAGGACGGAGGACCCAGAGACCCGAAGCCAAGAGCAUUGACUGGCGAUGUCCAUAAUGAUGAUGAUGAUGAUGGUCAAACAGAGAAGUGCGUGUCGAGGCGCAAACACGGAGGUCGUAAGUGGCCCGGAAACAUCCAUCCAGCAGGAAUCUGGCUGCGGGGGACUAUAAAAGGACAGACCGACAACGAUACACGCUCCAUUCGUACGACGACCGCCUGUCUGAUUGCCGGCUGAGGGAAAAGCUUUGCACGACGGAACCGACGACACCGACAUCGACUCCGACCCAGACUCACGAAGUUCCGUCAGAGGAAUCAUGGAGCAAAUCACACGGGAAAAAGCCAAAGAAGCUGCGACAGGCGGACAAACAAAUUUAGUGUAACAAUAGCAACAGACGACGACGGAACACGGACCCAGAAACAGGGAGAGAGAAAGAGCUCCACAGAAAAAAAAUAUACGUAUCGAGUCUUAACGUAUCCGGGAGGAGGCUGUGUGUGGAGCAUAUGCCCCAAAAGUGUUUGUGUGAGUGUUCGGGCAGGUUCCCGUAAAUUAUAAAUAAGCUACAAGCAAAUGCCGCGUGGAUAAAAUUAAAACUUCAGAAUCAUAUACCCGUGGUCUAACGAAAGAAGUGCGAAACAAAAUUUGAAUAUCUGGAAUACCUGAUGGCGAUUUAAUCAACGGCGAAAGGCGAAAAGGCAAUCUAACAGAAACUUUUUGCCCAGGCAAUUUGCGCGACAGAAAGAGCGAAAACUAACCAUUCGCCAGGAGAGACCUCAACAUAGCCCCCACUGACCUUCCCCAAAGGAGCCGCCCAAACAGACGCCAUCAUGUAUGGGAUGCUGUACGAGAGCGUGCAGCACUACAUCCAGAAGGAGUAUGGGAUGGAGAUGUGGAAAAAGAUCUGCCAGAUAAUCGACUGCAAGCACAACAGCUUUAAGACCCACCAGAUCUAUCCGGACAAGAUGAUGCCGGACUUUGCCGCAGCCCUCUCCGCCUGCAGCGGCGAGUCCUUCGACUUCUGUAUGAACUUCUUCGGCAAAUGCUUCGUGAGGUUCUUCACAAACUUUGGCUACGACAAGAUGAUUCGCUCCACGGGCCGAUAUUUCUGCGACUUCCUGCAGUCCAUCGACAACAUACACCUUCAGAUGCGGUUCACCUAUCCCAAGAUGAAAUCCCCGAGCAUGCAGCUGACCAACAUGGAUGACAAAGGAGCUGUUAUCCUUUAUCGCAGUGGACGAACGGGCAUGUCCAAGUACCUUAUUGGGCAGAUGACGGAGGUGGCUAAGGAGUUCUAUAACCUGGACAUGACUGCGUAUGUUCUGGAGAGCCAGAACGACAUUUGCGGCGGAACAGCGGGUCCCAUCAAGCUGUCGGAGGGUCCGAUGACUGUGAUCGUCAAGUACCGCCUGGACUUUGAUAAUCGCGACUAUAUGGCCAAGAGGGUGAACGUCGUUGCCCAUCCGUCCCAGAUGAAGAUGCCAUCGGUGGACCUAAACGUGUUCCUGGAGCUGUUUCCCUUCACGAUCGUGUUGAACCACGACAUGAAGAUAACACUCGCUGGUGAGAAGAUCAUCGAAACGUGGAUACUGCACAAUCCGGGGGUGAAUCCGAAGAGCUUCAUUGGCAGUCACAUUUUGGAUUUGUUUAAGUGCCGGAGGCCCAAGGACACCAAGAUCGAGUGGGAGACCAUUGUCCAAAUGCGAACGGUUCUCUUCGAGUUUGAGCUUAUCCGCACGGGUCACAAUCGCGCGGCAUACGAUGCAGCUCUAAACUUUGACUACGACACCUUCGACGAUGCCAGCCUCAACGAAGCCCAAGCCAUGGCCGUGGCCAGUGCCAAGGAGUUCAGUGUGGAGCACGCCAAGGACGACGAAGCUGCUGCCGCCACCAAGGAUGAAAUCGACCCUGCCACGGGACAGCGUCGUCCCUCUGUAGGUCUCCGAUCCAUCCUGCUCAAGGGUCAGAUGUUCUACAUUAAGGAUGUGGACUCGCUGAUAUUCCUGUGCAGUCCGUUGAUCGAGAAUCUGGAUGAGUUGCACGGCAUUGGUCUGUACCUGAACGAUCUCAACCCGCAUGGCCUAAGCAGGGAGCUUGUCAUGGCUGGCUGGCAGCACUGCUCCAAGCUGGAGAUCAUGUUCGAGAAGGAGGAGCAGCGUUCCGAUGAGCUGGAAAAGUCCUUGGAGCUCGCUGAUUCCUGGAAACGUCAGGGUGAUGAGCUCCUCUACUCCAUGAUCCCUCGUCCCAUUGCCGAACGCAUGAGGAAGAGUGAGGAGCAUGUCUGUCAAAGCUUCGAGGAGGUCUCCGUCAUCUUCAUCGAGGUGCUGAAUGUCUACGACAGCGGCUCGAACAACAUCCAAGACGCUAUGCAAGCUGUGACCACACUGAACAAGGUAUUCUCGGCUCUCGAUGAGGAAAUCAUUUCCCCGUUCGUAUACAAAGUGGAGACCGUGGGCAUGGUAUAUAUGGCCGUGUCAGGAGCACCCGACGUUAAUCCUUUGCAUGCGGAGCACGCAUGUGAUCUGGCCCUGCGCGUGAUGAAGAAGGUAAAGGCCCAUGCACUGCCCGGCGUGGCCAUUCGGGUGGGCAUCAACUCGGGUCCCGUGGUGGCCGGAGUCGUUGGCCAAAAGGUGCCCCGUUAUUGCCUUUUCGGGGACACGGUCAAUACCGCCUCCCGCAUGGAGAGCAGCAGCGAUCCCUGGAAGAUUCAGCUCUCUAACUACACAGCCACAAAGGUGCGAAAGCUCGGAUACAAAUUGGAGCUGCGUGGCUUGGUCAAGGUCAAGGGCAAGGGCGAGAUGGAAACUUUUUGGCUGCUGGAAGGACCGGAGUAAUAUUGUACCACUAUCAAUUGACUUGACCAAUUAUAUAAUAAUAAUCCGGCGUCUUAAUAAUUAAUAAAUUUCAUUUUCUGAUCCGC